AUGAAAUUUCUGCUAUUUCUACUGUUGCCCGCGACUUUUGGAGUGAUUUUGGGUGUAUUUUGGAUGACUCGCGAAAUUUGGGAGUUUGAGAAGUUGGCGAUGGAAGAUUUGGAAGAGUGGGAGGUUAGUGAGGUCAGGGCUAACAUGAGCAAUAUGCAAAUUUUGCAGAUCUACUCUCAAAAAGCCUGGACCCUCCUCCAAUCCACCACUCGAAAUCUCACCAAACGAGCCGUCUACCGUAUUCAACUACCAUCCAGGAAUCCCGGAGGCUUACCGUAUUCUCAAGCACCAAGAUACGUCACCAUCCCACCAAUGUACACCAACCCGAGACCAGAAUUUCAGUCAGGUAUGGCCACGUCAUAACUCGUAUCACCAGAAUUCUCCAAUUUUCCAGCACCGCCUCUUGAAUGUCCUCGAGGUCCACCUGGUCGUCCGGGUCAUUCGGGAUUACCUGGGGAUGAUGGGUAUGCGGGAACUCCGGGAAGUCCUGGAGCUACUGGCCCGGUUCUUCAGAUGCAGCUACCCUAUAAUGGUUGUAUCCGGUGUCCGAUGGGACCUAUGGGAAGACCGGGUGGUCCGGGUAGAGAAGGCCUCCCGGGAGAUGAUGGGCUACCCGGCAACCAGGGUGCGCAAGGUGAACGUGGAUAUCCAGGCCCGUCAGGUCCGAUGGGUGAUGAUGGACAGCCUGGUCGAGAUGGCUCGCAAGGUCUUGGUGGGCCGCCUGGCCGCGGGGGAACUCGGUCUUCCGGACGACCUGGUCCGCCGGGUCAACGUGGAAGACCCGGGCCCCUUGGCUACCCUGGAGAUGAUGGGGGCUACCCAGUUGCUGGGGAGCCGGGAGCUCCCGGAGCCCCCGGAACUCCGGGCAACCGCGGACAACCUGGAAUCGAUGGACAUGCUGGGGUGGUAGGUUUGAAAAAGGGUUGCCCAGAGUUUUUCAUGAUGAUUAUUGUAGGCUGGUGUGAUGGGAGGACCCGGGCCGGAUUCUGGAUAUUGUCCGUGCCCGAAACGCGGGAAAUCGAAUGAUUGGGGAACUGGUGGAGGUGGAGAACUUCAUGUUCCUCACAAUCGCAAGAAAAUGGUGGUUGUUAGACGGAAAGUUGUAUAG